CACAUAUAUCCGCACCAAUUCUUAUUUUCUUAAAUCAACCCAUGUCAACCCAUCAUGUAUUCAUGAGAAAGUGAUACUUGCAGAAUAAGGGAAAUUUCCUUGUUCAUACCUUAAAGUCUUGGUGCACGGAAAAUGACAUUUGGUUGUUGUUAAGAAGAGUUUCUCUUGGUGCGCAAGAUAGGUUAAUGCUUUAAGUAAUUACUGUCCCCCAUAUCCACAAAUCUGUAAACAAGUGAUAAAAUCAAGUUAAGAAAAGCAUGGUUUGCACUCCCUGAAGCCACAACAGCAUAGAAAGCUUAUUGAUCUUCAAGGAACACGGCGUGCACGAGACAUAGACAGAAAAGGAAAUGAUCAAAUCAAUAUCAGUACCAGUUUGUGCAUUUUUGGUUAAUCUUCUUGUCCUUCUUUGUGGCCAAGGCGUUUUGGUGACAAAGGUGGAGGCCACUAGCAACGUUCAUAUUGUUUAUCUGGGAGAGAAGCAGCAUGAUGAUCUCAAGCUCAUCACAGAUUCACAUCAUGAUAUGCUUGCCAAUAUUGUUGGGAGCAAGGAACUAGCCUCCGAAUUGAUGGUGUACAGCUACAAACAUGGCUUCUCAGGGUUUGCAGCCAAGCUGACAGAGUCUCAGGCUCAAAAGCUUUCUGAAUUGCCAGGAGUAGUUCGAGUUAUACCAAAUAGUCUUCACAAGCUACAAACAACUAGGAGUUGGAACUUCCUAGGCCUUUCUUCCCAUUCUCCUACUAAUGCACUUCAUAAUAGCAGCAUGGGCGACGGAGUCAUCAUAGGUGUUUUCGACACAGGAAUAUGGCCCGAGUCUAAAGCUUUCAGCGAUGAAGGACUUGGACCCAUCCCAUCCCACUGGAAAGGUGUUUGUAUAUCCGGGGGGCGGUUUAAUCCCACCCUUCACUGUAACAAGAAAAUAAUUGGAGCCCGUUGGUACAUUGAUGGAUUUCUGGCUGAGUAUGGAAAGCCCAUAAACACAUCCGGCGACCUUGAAUUUUUAUCCGCAAGGGAUGCAAAUGGACAUGGGACUCACACAGCUAGCACUGCAGCUGGUGCUUUUGUUAGCAAUGUUAGCUACAAAGGUCUUGCUCCUGGGAUUAUAAGAGGUGGAGCUCCUCGUGCUCGGUUGGCUAUUUACAAGGUUUGUUGGGAUGUCCUUGGAGGACAAUGCUCAUCUGCUGACAUUUUGAAGGCUAUUGAUGAAGCAAUACAUGAUGGAGUUGAUGUGAUGUCGCUGUCAAUUGGUUCUUCAAUUCCUCUAUUUUCAGAUAUUGAUGAACGCGACGGCAUAGCUACUGGUUCCUUCCAUGCUGUUGCUAGGGGCAUCACUGUCGUUUGUGCAGCUGCAAAUGAUGGACCUUCAGCUCAGACUGUGCAGAACACAGCACCUUGGAUUUUGACUGUUGCAGCAAGCACCAUGGAUCGAGCGUUUCCGACACCGAUAAUACUUGGGAACAACAGAACAUUCCUGGGCCAAGCCACAUUUACUGGAAAAGAGAUUGGUUUUAGAGGAUUGUUUUAUCCACAGGCCUCAGGGCUUGACCCCAAUGCUGCAGGUGCCUGUCAGUCCCUAUCACUUAAUGCUACAUUAGUUGCUGGAAAGGUGGUGCUCUGCUUCACCUCAACAGCUCGUAGGUCUUCAGUAACAAGUGCUGCAGAAGUUGUCAAGGAAGCAGGUGGAGUUGGGUUAAUUGUUGCCAAGAAUCCUAGUGAUGCACUGUAUCCCUGCAAUGACAACUUCCCAUGCAUUGAAGUGGACUUUGAAAUUGGGACUCGGAUUCUCUUUUACAUCCGUUCUACCAGGUUCCCUCAAGUGAAGUUGAGGCCUUCAAAAACAAUUGUGGGAAGGCCUUUACUGGCAAAAGUUGCAUAUUUCUCAUCUAGAGGGCCUAACUCAAUUGCUCCAGCGAUUCUUAAGCCUGAUAUAACUGCACCAGGAGUGAACAUACUAGCUGCUACUUCACCUCUUGAUCCAUUUGAGGAUAAUGGAUAUACCAUGCACUCAGGAACAUCAAUGUCAGCACCUCAUAUCUCAGGCAUAGUGGCUCUUCUCAAAGCAUUGCAUCCUGAUUGGUCUCCAGCAGCCAUUAAAUCUGCACUUGUCACAACUGCAUGGAGAAAUCAUCCUUCAGGCUAUCCAAUAUUUGCGGAGGGAUCUUCUCAGAAGCUGGCUAACCCAUUCGACAUUGGAGGAGGCAUUGCAAACCCAAAUGGAGCAGCAAACCCUGGUCUAGUAUAUGACAUGGGCACACCUGAUUACGUGCAUUAUCUCUGUGCUAUGGGCUACAACCACACUGCUAUCUCUAGUCUCACAGGACAACCUGUAGUAUGUCCUAAAAAUGAAACAUCCAUUUUAGACAUUAACCUUCCUUCUAUAACUAUACCGAAUCUUAGAAAGUCAGUUACACUAACCAGAACAGUAACAAAUGUAGGAGCCCUUAACUCCAUUUACAGAGUAGUGAUUGAGCCACCAUUUGGCACUUAUAUCUCUGUAAAACCAGAUAGUUUGGUUUUCAGCAGAAAAACUAAGAAAAUCACCUUCACUGUCACAGUUACUGCAGCCAACCAGGUGAACACAGGGUACUAUUUUGGAAGCCUAUCAUGGACUAAUGGUGUGCAUACUGUAGCAAGUCCCAUGUCGGUUAGAACAGAUAUUUUACAACCUCAUGUUGAUGAAAACUAAGAAAUGCAGCAAAUAUUUAUUGUUUA